AUGGCAAUCUCAGAAACGAUGAAGGCUGUCGUUUUUGACGGCCCAUACAAGAUCUCUGUGCAAGACAGGCCUGUUCCUCAGAUCCAGGAUGCUCAGGACAUCAUUGUAAAAGUCAACAUGACUGCUUUGUGUGGAUCAGAGCUACAUUUGUACCGAGGCGUUGAACCAACAGAACCGAAUUUUAUCAUGGGUCACGAAUUCACAGGUACUGUUGUUGCUUUGGGCUCUGAGGUCAAGACCGUGCAGAUUGGAGACAAAGUCGUCUCCCCAUUUACUGCUUCUUGCGGCGAGUGCUACUACUGUCAGAACGGUGGCUCAGCACGAUGUAUCAAGAGCCAAGCCCUUGGUUCUCCCAAUCUCGACGGAGCUCAGGCAGAAUAUGUCCGUGUACCAUUCGCAGACGGUACUGUGAUCAAGGCCCCCAAAGGAAUCCACGACCAGGCCCUUAUCCUAAUGGCGGAUAUCUUCCCCACUGGUUAUUUCGGUGUCCAGAGCGGAGUUGAGAUGAUGCCGAAGCUAGAUCUGCGAGAUUCAACUAUUGCGGUGAUUGGCUGUGGUCCCGUUGGACUAUGCGCCAUUGUUGCUGCGGCAGUGCUGAAGCCAAAGCAUCUAUUUGCUGUGGAUAGUGUUCAAAGCAGACUUGAUCAGGCAGCGAAACUUGGUGCCGAGCCUCUGAACUUCAUGGAGAGCAGGGAUAAAAUGAUUGAGCGCGUAAAGUCUGUUACUGGUGGCAGAGGCGCUGAUAUAGUGGUGGAAGUGGUCGGUCUCUCGCCAGCCCUCCGAACAGCAUUUGACUUAGUUCGCUCAUUUGGUGCUAUCAGCAGCAUUGGUGUCCAUAACGCAGAGAUCCCUUGGUCGGGCAGCGACGCUUAUAACAAAAAUGUCCGUCUACAGAUGGGACGGUGCCCAGUCAGAAGUAUCUUUUCCGAGGCAAUGGAAGUUCUCAAGCAAGAACAGGAUUCUCUCAGCUUCCUAUUCGACAACAUUCUCCCACUUUCAGAUGCAGUUCGAGGUUACGAACUGUUCAACGAGUCCAAGGUCCAAAAGGUCGUUUUCCAAGUCUGA